GUAUAUGUCAAUUCCCACUCAGAUCUCUAGACUGGAAUAUUAUGUUUUGUUUAGUAUUUUCCCAAUUCGUGCCCUCUGGUAGUUUGACAAAAUGAUUGCUUACUUUAACAUACCUAGUUAAUUCGAUAACUUUAACAACGUACCAUACAAAUUGUAGUUCCUCCUUUUCAUUCUUUAAACCACUGCAUAUUUCAAUUUUCUAAUAUAGGUGUACACAUUCAUCAUGGCCCCUAUCCCAGUCUAUACAGACAGUCCUAUUACUGCCACAAAGGCUUCGGGAGUGACGCCACAGACUGCUCCACCAUCAACUACUUCGAGGCCAACCCCAACUAGCUCAUCGCCUACUUCGUCCAGCCAGGCUUAUCCACCCGCACAGCCUGGUGCCGCACCUUCACUUCCAACUGCGACGGCCGCGGUUAAUAGCAAUAUUCCCCCAGCACCGCAGCCUGGGGCCGUCCCUAUCCCAACCGGUGUCCCCAGAGCAAAUAUACCACCACCGCCUAAAGCAGGUGAGAGGCUUGUAAGCAUACCGUAUCCGCAACAGAUGUCAAUCCCACCACCUACCGCACCCUACCCAUCUCAAGAGCGGGGGACAUUCACGGUUCCGGUACCUACUUCGGUAUACGGCGACCAGGGUUCCACAGCUUUAAGUGAUCCACCAGUUCAUCAUAGCCUAGAGCACCCCCCGGGAUAUCACCAGAACUCCAACGCUUCUGGGCUUGAUGAUUAUCAGAGGUCAGCUAUCCAGCGGAGUGAAGCAGAAACUCAGACAGAAAGCCCAGAAGGUGGAGUUUGGGAGGCAGCAAAGAAAUGGGCUCACCAGACGGGAGAGAAGAUCGCGGCAGCAGAAAAUGAAGUUUGGAAAAAGAUCAGCAAGGAAUAGAGGCCGACGUCUCCAUAAAGACCGAAAAAAUGAACGUUCAUUAUCAUUCUCAAAUAUAGGCAGUCUGCUAUAAAUCAUGUUCUAC